CCCAAACUCAGACUUCCAGCCCUGAGAUAGGGCCUUCAUGGGUAGAGGUGCGACCGGUUUCAGUUUUCACCUCUUCUCAACUUUCUAAGGGAGUGACUUCGUGGAAUGCCUGGAGCCCCUUCCGGAGCCUUGGAGGGUUAAGGGGCAGUUUUCUCCUGAGGAGGGCAGGGAUUCAGUGCUUGUGACCCGAUAGGAGUCCCCUUGGGCAGAAGAGACAUCUCUGACGUCGCGAGGGUGGUGACGACACGGCAGCCGCCCGGACGCGUCUCUUGGCGUCAUGCCCCCUCCCGAGGGCGCCGAGGUUGUGGGGUCCCAUAAUCCCUCUCUUUGACGUCAUCGCUGUUUACCUCGAGGCUCUAGACAGGGAGGGGCCUAGUCACCCCCUCCACCCUGGCCUCAGUUUCCUCAGUUACGAGUAGGUUUGAUCCCUGAAGCCCGGUUCCUUCAGAUAAGCAUUCUGCAACUUUUGGAUGAGGUGGUCUAGGAAGCCGAGAAAAAAAAAGGACCCCCACCAUGGAAGAGAUAACAGAAGAUCCCCCCACAUCAGCUGUCUUGCUGGAUCAUUGUCAUUUCUCUCAGGUCAUCUUUAACAGUGUGGAGAAGUUCUAUGUUCCUGGAGGGGACAUCACAUGUCAUUUUACUCUCACCCAGCAUUUUGUCCCCCGUCGAAAGGAUUGGAUUGGAAUCUUUAGAGUGGGAUGGAAGACAACCCGUGAGUAUUACACCUUCAUGUGGGUUACUUUGCCCAUUGACCUGAACAGCGAACCAGCCAAACAGCAGGAAGUUCAAUUUAAAGCUUAUUACCUGCCCAAGGAUGAUGAAUAUUAUCAGUUCUGCUAUGUGGAUCAGGAUGGUGUGGUCCGGGGAGCAAGUAUCCCUUUCCAGUUCCGUCCAGAAAGUGAGGAGGACAUCCUGGUUGUUACCACUCAGGAAGAGGUGGAGGAGAUCGAGCAGCGCAACAAAGAACUUUGCAGAGAAAACCAGGAGCUGAAGGACAGCUGUCUCAGCCUCCAGAAGCAGAAUUCAGACAUGCAGGCUGAGCUCCAGAGGAUGCAGGAACUACAGGAGGAGCUAAAAACCCUAAAGAAUCUCAAUAAGAAGUUGGAAAACAAAGUGAAAGAGCAGAACUGUUGGGAGACAGAACUGCUUCAACUCAAAGAGCAAAACCAGAAGAUGUCCUCAGAAAAUGAGAAAAUGGGAGUCAGAGUAGAUCAGCUUCAGGCCCAGCUGUCAAUUCAAGAGAAAGAAAUGGAAAAGCUUGUUGAAGGAGAUCAAGAUAAGACAGAACAGUUGGAGCAUCUGAAAAAAGAAAAUGGCCAGCUGUUCCUCAAUUUAACAGAACAGAGGGAGCACCAGAAGAAGCUUGAGCAGACAGUGGAGGAGUUGAAGCAAAAGGAAACUACCGCGACAAGGAAACAACAGGAGCUAACGGACCAGAACUUUGACCUGUCAAAAAGACUGAGUGAGAACGAGUUUAUGUAUAAAGUUCUGCAGGGUGAAAAAGAGAGAAUAGAAGAAGAAAAUGAUCUUUUGAAGAGGGAGAACAGCAGAUUGCUGAGUUACAUGGGUCUAGAUUUGGACUCUUUACCAUAUCAAGUGCCUACUUCAGUUCCUGGAGGUGCAGGACAAAAUCAUGGACUUGUCUAUGGAAACCCAUAUUCUGGUAUCCAAGAAAGUUCUGCCCCCAAUCGGCUCUCCAUCAAGAAAUGUCCCACCUGCCGAGCAGAGUUUGUUGAUGAAGUUGAUGAUCACACCUUGGAGCAGUACAUGCCAGUCAUUUGUUUGAGUUGUCCAAUUUGUGACAAGAUCUUCUCAGCAGACGAGAGGCAGAUCUUUGAAGACCAUGUGUUCUGCCACUCUCUAUAAGUGUCACAGCCUCUUUGAUCUAUAUUGUAGAUAGAUUCUAUAGAGUAGGACCUAUAGCUUCUACUCUGAGUUAUGGCUCAAGAUCCUGUCUAACCUGAAAUUAUUAGAGGUCUAUUCAGCCCUGCUGCCCCAGAGGUGGAGCCAUGGUAACUAUCUGAAAGAUAGCAAUAAGGGCUGUUACUUCCAUCCUUGUGGGUUAUUACUUUUGAAGUCAAAUAACUCUAGCUGUAUCGGCUUCUCAUCUAUGGUGCCCAUUCUUCCAAGGGUCUCCUGUACAGGGGCCUUGGGAUGGAACUGACCUGGCUGCUUAGUUCUCCAAAUUGUCCCACUGCUAUUCAAGAUCAGGCUUUGAGUGUAUUUGCACUCAGUCCCCCAUCCUAACCCUGUGCAAGAGAUUAACCAAAGGUUGCGAAUUUCCUCCUUUUCAGGUCUCUUUCUCUGAUUGCAUUAGACUAGUAAAAUGGCACAGCAGAGAACUCCGUCAUCCAAUUUGGAUACCAGAGGUUUCUCAACCUAACUUCUCAGCUCCCAGCAGAAGCAUCUUAUUUCUAACCAUGGACAGGAAGUGUUAUUUCAAUCACAGAAAGCUAUCUUCCUUUCUGGUUGACAUUUUCUACUCUUUGAUUUUUCCUAUGCACGUAACUUUUAUUGUUUUAAGUCUUUUCUUGAUGGUUAGUAUAAGUUGUUAGAAACUGUAUGGGUUUGAAACUUUCUGAGCAAGUGAAUUUGAAUAUGGAUAAGUCAAUAAUGAGACAAAUAUUGUUAAUCUUUCUAAUACCAAAAAUAAACUCAUGCUCUCUUUCAGGGACUUGGGUAAUUUACAGUAA